AUGACACGAGACUUUACUCAAGCAUUCGCCUGGUUGCGACCUAUUGAUUCCUACUAUGAGAGACAGACACCGCCUCAAAGCAUCCUCGGCCAUGCUGAUCACAACCGACCCCUCGACGAGAUCGAACAUCUUCAAGACCAAAUAAGGACUCUCCAAAAUGAAAACGAAGCUUUACAUCAGCUUGUAGGUCGUCACAAUCAUAAUGUAGCCGAAAAGAUACGGACCAUCUGCCUGUUAGAGGCAGACCGCUUCGAAGCCAUCGCGCGAGAACAAAGCUCUGCUGCUGCCAGGGCAAAUCUUGAACUUCGAUUGUUAGCCUCUGAGGAGCAAUUACAAGCAGAAAAAGCGAAGUUUGACGAAUUAGAGAAUGAAUUGGAAGAUCGACUAGCGAGAAUUAACCUUUUACAUGUGCGUGAGCAAGAUCGCCUGGCUCAGCUGUUGUCAAGAUCAUUAGAUCAAUUGGCCGCUGAGAGAUUUGAAAGAAAAGUAUACGAAACGGCCAGUGCCGCAGCAUUUAUGCUGCUUCCAGCACUGAGCGAUCAAACAUCCUAUAAUCGGUUAAUCGCUGUUACUCGCGAACGCUGCACUUUGACCCGUCUACCCCGAGACAGCACCACCCCUUCUACAGCAGUAAGAGUGAGCAUCUCGAGAAUUUUGAAUACUAAAGAGUUCAAUACUGAGGACAAUAUUGGUAAAGACACCGACGCCGAGCCAAGAAAGCGAAAACGACCUGCAGGAUCAAUAGAGUUGCGCAAUCUAUAUAUCGAUACAACUGAAUACAAAAAAGAGGAGGACACAAGAUCUUUGGAAGAGGUCAUGGCCGGAAUUAGCCACCUCGAUAAUGCAGAAGAGCCUAGCUGGCGCGAGAGGCUGGCCGCGUUGGAUAGACAGUCUCGAAAGAGAUACGUUGUCCCGGAAUGGGUCUAUUAUAAGUGGUAG